AUGCGUCGGGCGACUGUUCAGGCCUGCCGUACUGCUCGGCUUGCACCAGUAUGGAACAUUGCCGCUAAACGGCCGUGCCCUUUGACUUUCAACCAGCUGCGAGGUAUUCGGCCAUAUACUGGCAGCAGACGCUCAUCACACACUCCAGUAGCUUUUCAAUUAUCUAUGCAUCGCCGCAAACUCUCCCUCGCCGUUAUCUCGACCGUCGUUGCCUCUGGGGCAUGGUAUACUUAUCAGGGUGACACCGUUAAAUCGGCAGCGACCCAGAUCCGGGAUUUCGCAUCGAGUGCCCUCAACUCCGCCUACGCAGAAGGACCGGCUGAGACCACACGGCGUGCAUUGCUGGUCAGCGGCGAUCAAUUUUACACCACGACGCUCUCCAAAGACCAACCUCUCGCCAAGCAUACAGACGAUUCAGACCGCCAAGUCCUCGAGAUGUUGACUCCCGAGCAAGCGACCCAGAAGCUUCGUAAGAACGAGGAGUCAUAUUUGGUCAAUCGGGGCAAGGGUGUUGUUCGUUACGAUGUUGUUCAGGUUCCCAGCAACUCCCCCAUUGAGGACGACCAUGCGGAGAAGAUAGUGGAGAUCCCAGCAUCCGUGGCUGCUGUCAGCAAUGGCGAGCCAAGCAGUGACUGGAUGUUCUGGGGUGUUUUUGACGGUCACUCGGGCUGGACCACAUCUGCGAAAUUGCGCAAUGUCUUGAUCUCAUAUGUGGCCCGUGAAUUGAACACAACUUACAAGGCUGCUUCUGCCGAUCCAUCUCUCCUCGUGCCAACAUCCGAGGCUAUCGAUGCUGCCAUCAAGAAAGGCUUCGUCCGCCUCGACAAUGACAUCGUACAUGAGAGUUUCAAGGAAGUCAUGAAAUCUAAAUCACGACGGGUCGCUGCCGAGCUCCUUGCUCCUGCUCUCUCAGGAUCAUGUGCUCUUCUCAGUUUCUAUGACUCCCAGUCCAAAGACCUCAGGGUUGCUGUUACCGGAGACUCUCGAGCAGUUCUGGGCCGUCGCGGCCCUAGCGGGAAAUGGACCGCUACUGCUCUUUCCGAGGACCAGACUGGUGGUACCCCAUCUGAAAUCAAACGUUUGCGCGAGGAGCACCCCGGCGAACCAUAUGUCACGAAGAAUGGCCGAAUCCUGGGCCAGCUCGAACCCAGCCGUGCAUUCGGUGACGCUUUCUAUAAAUGGAGCCGGGAUGUUCAAGAUACGAUAAAAGCGAAGUUCUUUGGGCGCACUCCUCAUCCAAUGCUGAAGACGCCCCCCUAUGUCACUGCCGAGCCUAUCAUUACUACCACCAAAAUCGAUCCUUCCAAGGGCGACUUUGUCGUCAUGGCUACCGAUGGUCUGUGGGAGAUGCUGAGCAAUGAAGAAGUGGUCGGCCUGGUUGGUCAAUGGGUUGAGCAGCAACAAUCUGCUGCUGCGAGCACGGGUAGCAAGGCUUGGUUACAGAGCUGGUUCAGGUUCGAUAGUCAGAAGACACUGCCCGUAGAAGCUGCAACCGACGCAUCGAGCGAGGGCCAACGGCGUCCUAUCCGUCAGCAGCAAUAUGAUAUCUCUGGCGCGGCUACUCGAUUUGUUGUUGAGGACAAGAACGCAGCAACGCAUCUUGUGCGGAAUGCAAUGGGCGGAAAGGACAAGGAUAUGGUGUGUGCGUUGUUGACGCUACCCAGUCCUUACUCUCGCCGAUACCGUGACGAUGUUACUGUCGAGGUCAUCUUCUUUGGUCAGGGCCCUGAUUCGCGCACUGUGGAAGUCAACCAGGAAGCGAGCGCCUCGGAACAGCCUCCCAAGUCAAAGCUUUAG